AUGCGGUUCGGUGCCGACCUACAAACGCGCGGUAGCGUCACAAACUGUACGGACGAAGCCAUGAAUGAGGCCACUAGUGUUUGCGCUUUCUCUCUCGCUGCUUCACAGCCACCUGAACAAACGGAGCCCGUGGACCUGAGUGUUUCGAAUGGGGCGUCGCCCAAGAAGACCUCGGACGACGCCAAGAAUCGCUCAACUUCCGACAGCUCUGACGAGGAUGACGUCGUCGUCGAUGUCGACGUCGACACCUCAAACUUUCCGGCUGCUCCUCCGGCUAUUUGCGGCGCCGCCGGCGCCUUUGUCAGCCCCUUCUUGAGCCCUUAUCCUUCGCCGAAUCACGGGUUGUAUCCGUUGAGCCCGCCUGGCCUCCGUAAGUUCCCCACACCCGCAGCCGCGCAUCCGUUCACAAAUCCGUUCUUCUUCCCGGCUGCACCUUUGCACCCGUCUUACAUCCCAUCCUACAGCUCCCUGUUCCUCUACCACUCACCACCACCGACACCGACACAACAGGCCUCACCGCAAGUCGAGUCCGCCAACGCCGACACUAGCAAGCGUCGGAAGACGGUGAGGAAGAACUCGGAAGACAACAGCGUCGGCAUUGGAAUGCCGAUCAGGAAGCGAGCAUUGGCGAUUUCUCGGGAUCUGGACGUCGAACAAGGAUCGCUGGGACGAGGACAUGAUUAA